AUUAACGUUGACGUGUCAGCGCCAACGUGACUGUUGCAUCAACCUACUGUCGGUUGCUCUCAUAACUCAUAACCCAUUCCGUUUUGUAUACGGUGGACACCAUUGCUACGACCGAAGCUACGACACCCAAUGGUGCCGUGAUGGUUCCAAACAGUGAAAUGAUUGUCCUACCCCAGGCUGGCUUACUCAUAUAUGGGUGUGCGUCUAAAGAGAAAGACAAUCGUAGAAAGGCGCUGCCGGGAGUCGAAGAGCAGGACUUGGAUACCUCUAUAUCGUUCACUUCGCCGACCCAAAAGUUCAUUUUCAAUAUCGAUUGGAGCAAGUCGGCUCUUGGACCAAGGGACCAAUGGGGCUCGGAGCUUCGACAUAUGUCUCGCUUCCUCUUAGCUGACACGAGUCCGGCCGUAUUGUUUUGGGGGGAGUCCUCCUCUGUCAUUUAUAAUGAAGCCUACCUUCCGAUGCUGGGGAAUAAACACCCAGAGUCCAUGGGGAUGGAUGCUUCCCAGGUGUUCUCUACCAUCUGGGACCAACUCUCCGGGGAAAUCUCUUCGCAGCGACGAACCGGCCAAACAUGUACGUGUACGAGCACCAGGCUGCUAAUAGAAAGGAACGGCCAUGUUGAAGAGACUUAUUUUGAUUGGAAGCUUAUCCCGAUCACUAACGACGAAGGAGAAGUGAAAGGGUCGUACGGAAUACCCAUAGACAGGACCGAAGACGUUAUUCGCUCAAGACAGAACGAAUGCAUUCAGCAACUAUCCCGCCACACCGCAACAGCGAACAACAUGAAGGAACUAUGGCGUACACUACUAACCGGACUUAGCUACAAUAACAAGGACAUCCCGUUUGCGCUGUUAUACUCAUUAGACGAGCAACGUGGCAUUAAUUCCACCCCCAGUCUGCCUAACUAUCCGUGCCACUUAGAGGGUAUCAUUGGAAUAGACAACGAGCAUGUCAUGGGACAGGAAUAUCUCGAUCUCUCAUGCGAUAUUGAUGGGUUUGCACCGACUAUGCUCAAGACACUGAAAUGCGACUCGGUGCUCAUAUUAGAAGAAAGCGACCCGUCACUACAUAAACUACUAAACGGUAUUGGAUGGAAAGGAUAUAUGUUAGCUAAGGAAUUCGCAAUCGUAUCGAUCAAAGACGAUUCUAAAAUAGCGGCCUUCAUGGUAGUCGGCCUGAACCCUUAUCGAAGGUACAGCAGCGAAUUUUGCGAGUUCUUGAAACUGGUAGCAGAUGUUGCGGCGUCACAGGUAUCGCGGGCUAGGUUAUCGGAAGAAGUUUCACGCCAUAACGACUUGGCUAAACGAGCUCAGCUGGAUCGUAAACGAAGCGAUAUGAGAUUCUCUCGAUUUGCCGAGCGGUCCAUUGUUGGUCUUGCGGUUACCGAUGUGAACGGCAAGAUUAUAUAUGCGAAUGAUGUGUGGUAUAAAUUCUCUGGGCUCAAUCCUGCCGACCAGGAUCGUCUGAGCUGGUUCGACAGCGUAGUUCCAGAAGACGCCGAUUUGCUUCGAGAAUGGCAAGAAAAGGUUCUUGUUGAUAAGACAGGAGGGACAUUUCAGAUUCGAUCCAGAGAGCCAUUCCGUCGAGGCCAUAUGUAUUCAGACCAUCGAACGGGGAUCUGCGCCUGUUAUUCGGACUUGGACGAGUCUGAUGAGGUCGAAAGUAUUAUGAUAUUUACCAUGGACAUCAGCGAGCUUAAGUGGACUGAGCAGCAACUUAUAUCUCGUUCGAAAGCGCUUGAGGAGUCGGAGAUAAAAUGGCGGAACUACGCAGAACACUGCCCUCUUGGAAUCUGCCGCACGGAUGGGGAUGGUAUCGUCCAAUAUGGCAACGAUGCGUGGCGUUCUUUCUACGGCUUUGGAUCUGAUAGCCUCUCUUCGAAAAUUCCCCAGCCAUGGCUACCAUGGGUCCGAGAAGAUUACUUAAAGCCGUGCAAAGACUUCUUCGCUCGACUCCAACAGCACACCGGGCCUGAAUCUUUUGAGUUUCAGCUGAUUGAUAGGACUUAUACUAUUUCGGGUGGUGACAAUACUGUGACUAAUGGUGCCUACAUCGCCGCUACCGGGUUUUCCCAAUUCAGAGAGGAUGGGACAGUUGACCAUAUAGAUUUCUGGGUAACAGAUAUCAGUGGUCAGAAGAUGGCGGUCAAGGUUCUGACAGAUAAGAUGGAAGAAGCUAUUCGGUCAAAAACCCAACAGGAGAGGUUUAUGGACAUGAUAAGCCACGAAAUACGGAACCCCCUAUCAGCGGUUCUGCACUGCAGCGAGGAAAUUAUUGAAUCAGUUAAGAGAAGCUCCGCCACACUACAUGCACUAUUCGAUGGCAAGCUGGCCAUAAGCUCAAACAGCACCGCGGAAGAGAUUUUGAAGAAUGAGGUUGCCAGCACGCUAGACGCUGCCAAUACGAUUGUAUACUGCGUACAGCACCAGAAGCAAAUCGUCGACGACGUGUUGACAGUUUCAAAGCUCGACUCUGACCUACUGGUGGUAUCUCCUAUUCCCGUUCAACCGAUGGCAUUGGUUCGCUCGUCAUUAAAGAUCUUCGACGCCGAGCUGAAGAUGACGGGUAUCAAGCUAAAGGUUAUUGAAGAUGAUUCCUUGUCCAUGCUCGGCUUGGGGUGUGUUUUACUGGAUCCGAACAGAUUCCUCCAAAUCGUGAUUAAUCUUGUCACGAACGCUAUGAAAUUCACAAAGGCCUCGAAGUUAAAGGAAAUAGUUGUAACGGUAGCCGGAACGACAUAUCGCCCCCCCGAAAGUGAAUUAGGGGUGGAUUACGUGCCACGGAGAUAUUCACCCGCCAGCCCUGUACUAGAUUCCUACCCCCUGAAUAGUUUAAUAGAGCCUCAACAAGAUGUGUUUCUCUCCUUUUCCGUCAAAGACACGGGCAAGGGUUUAACAGAGAGCGAAAAGGCGCAGGUUUUCGAUCGCUUCGCUCAGGCAUCCCCGAAAACGCACAUCGAGUACGGGGGAUCGGGUCUCGGCCUCUUUAUCUCUCGCCAGAUUACCGAGAUGCUAGGAGGCGAGAUAGGAAUGACCAGUAGCCCCGGAUCGGGUUGCAAAUUCGCAUUUUACGUCAAGACCCAGCGUUGCGAGUUUCCUCGCCAUUCUUCGAAUGCUUCAGAACCCGUCGUUAGACUAAGUCGAUCGCUCAGCAUAGCUGCAGACGGGACCCCCAUACAAUCGGAAGACGAAGAUGAAGUGUUUGGUUUCCCCCAAAUAUCAGAGGACCCAUGUCCUCCACCACACGAACACCUGCCACUCAAGGUUCUCGUCGUCGAGGACAACCUGGUUAACCAAAAGGUCUUAUGCAAGCAGCUACGUAACCACGACUUCAUCGUGAAAGCCGCCAACCAUGGAAAAGACGCCCUCGACGCCGUGCAGAAUAACAAACCCCACGUCUCGCACGUAGAGAACCCGUUCGACGUGAUCUUGUGCGAUAUCGAAAUGCCGAUCAUGAACGGCAUCGAGUUUACGAGGGAGAUCCGGAGGCUAGAAGCAAACGGUGAACUCGAGGGGCACAUACCGAUACUCGGAGUUACCGCCAACGUGCGUAGCAAACAGGUUAGCGGUGCUAUGGAAGUAGGCAUGGACGGCGUGACGACGAAGCCGUAUCACAUCGAGGAGCUUAUUGCUCAUAUCGGAGAUGUAUGUGCUAAGUAUUAAGUUCCGGAGGGGUUCUAUUUGUUGUGUCAUGCCUAUACUACUCAUGGAGAGUUCAAAGGAGUUAAAAGGAGUUCAUGUGUAUUAGCUAUCGGGUUGGAGGGUCUGCUGUGUUAUUGUAUACGUAGCGUAGGUAGUUAUCUAGGGACGCAUUGAGGGUAGAAAUGAAGUAUAGGAAGGUUCUAUUAUAUUCUAUGUAGCUGGAAUACCACAU